UAGAACUAGGCCUAUAGUAAACCAAUAUAUAGUGUUUGAUAUAUGGACAGUUUUGUCUAAUCGUCUAGAAAUAUGGCAGUUUACGUAAACAUAACGUUGUUGUUAAUUUUUUACGGAUUUGACGUCACGCUUUUCAGCGAUCACUUCACAUUUCAACAACCGCUUCACCUCGCUUGGGUUCACAAACAUAUCUGUCAUUAACGAAAUGCUUCACGUUCGGUUGAUCAAACCAGCAACAAGAUUGCUUAAACACUAUUACCAAGAGCUUCUUGCGCGGCAAGGCUGGCGUCCUUGUGUCGAUGAUAUCGACUGUUUCCUUGAGUUGGACCCGACAGCUUUUUACGUUGGCGAGUUAGAUGGCAAACCAAUUGCUACACGUUCAAUCAUAAAAUACGCAAACGGCUAUCAUCAUUUGGGCUCGUAUUGCGUUGAAGAGCAAUAUCGACAUCGUGGCAGGGCCGGAUUAACCAUAUGGCUGAAGGGCGUCCGCCCAUGGGCCCCGCGCUUUAGGGGCCCCGCGCUUUACUUGGUUAUAAUUUUUUUUGCGCAAAUUGAUCAAAUCUGUCUUGCUAACUCGAUUGGCGCGAAAAACAGGUCAAUAUAUUCUGGUCCAGACAUAGCUAGGAUAGCGGAAAAAUCACACAACAUGAUUUCACGAUGGACUGUGGGGAUAUACGAUCUUAAUAUUACCAAAGCUUUGGAUGCACUCAAAGACUAUUCAGAUUGUUGUGAGGUGAAGUGCAUUAGCAAAAUCAACAUGGAAGAUAUCUACAGCUAUGAUACAGCAGUGUUUGGAUACAACCGGAGCAAGUUUUUACAGAAAUGGUUGAAUACACCAGGCACUCACACCCGGGCUGCAAUCGACAAAGAGGGAUCGCUCGUUGGUUAUGUCGCUGCAAGAACGGCGUUCAUUCACGAGGAAGGUUAUAAAAUCGGUCCUCUGUUUUGUGAAGAUAUUGAAGUUGGUAAAGCGCUUCUCAAGGGAGUGUUUGAAGAUAUUCGUGAUCGUGGUUUGUCAUCGUCAAACUCGGUGAUUGUCGACAGUCCAACUGGACGAAAUUCUCAAGCCAAAGAACUCAUGAAAAUCGUACGAGGAAAAUACCUCGGAUAUAAUGAAUUUAUGACCACGAAUGGUCUUCCAAAAGGAUGCUUUGACCAAUGGUUUGCCAUAACAUCGCCUGUUUGUGGUUAAAAACAGCUAAUAAAACUAAUUGAAAUUAAGACAGGUCUUCAGCUAAUGAAGUAAAUAAAAAAAAAUAUGCAUCACGCCCGGUUUUCAAGGUUUUCCCCCACAAAUAUUU